AUGGCUUCGCCGCAGGAACAUGCUUCGCUGUCCGAUCUUGUACGUUUCAAGGCUCAGCAAAUGACGCAGAUGCUUGCUGCCAUGAAUGGACUGGUCACGCUACAAAAAAUUGCAGCUACUUCGGCGCCUCCGACGCCACCCCCUUUUUGGCCUCUCAAUUCAGGACAAUCUUCCGCCGCCUCAGCCCAAGACUCCACCGAAGGCGCCUCCGCCGCGGAAGCGCCUACCAUCGCCGCCGCUGCCGGUCAGGUCACCUGCACCGGACGGGCGCCUCUCGCCGCCCCCGCCGCCCCCGCCCCCCCUCCGCCCCCGCCGCCGGAGCCGAUGGACGCUGAGGCUGCCGUCACGCCGCCGCCGUCGCCCAUGGAGGUCGUUGCUCCGCCUCCUCAUCCGAGCAUACCCAGUGGCGGUGCGCGUUCUGGGCAGGUUUUCCACGAGACGUUUUCCUCGCCUCCUCACGAGCAAUUCGGGGUCGCAGGUGGACAGUGCGCCCCGGCAGUUCAGCUGUCCGCCCCCUCAGCUGCGCCCUUGCAAGAAAAUCGGAAUUCUUAUUUUUCUUAUGUAUUUGAAUCCGCCGCCGCCGACCGGAGCUUGGGAAACGGCGACGACUCCAGUCGUGUUGCGGCCGUGUCGCCGUCUGCCACGGUGGGGAAAGAGGAGGGGGCAGCGUCGCAGUCGCAGCCAACUGUCGCGUCUUGCACAACGUAA